AUGUCGACCAACGACAACGAUCCGCACAGCGACCCGGAGAAAUGCAUGGAAAUUCUCCUGCGUGUGCCGCUGACGCUACACUAUCUCACCGAAGGCAACGCUAACGUUAUCUAUAGCAUAGCACCUAACACCACCGACCCUGACCUCGCUCUGCACGACCACUGCUGCGUUUUACGUAUGCGCAAGGAUCUGCCAACCACGCGGCCCACCCUGGUCAACAUGACGGCCAUUCGCGACAGGAUCACGCCACUAUUUGGACCGGAGCAUGUGCAUAAUUUGAUGCCCAAGGCUCUGUAUCCUUUGACGGAGAAUACAUUGCAGCAGGCGGAUGAGAUCCUUCGAAAGCUGGACAAGCACUUGGCAGAGAGCAAGGCAGGUUCACGCGUGCCUGCAGGACGAGGCCCUGGGCACCCACCACUUAACGAAGAGCCACAUGCCGUUCUGAUGCCCAACUUGCGGCAUGGCGACCAUACACUGUUCCAUGAGUUCAAGCCCAAGUGGCUGCAUCAGAGCCCGAGUGCGCCUGCAGGGGCUCGACGGUGUCGUACAUGUGCGACUAAUGCGCUAAAACGUUCCAAGGGAGGAAAGAAGGGCAAGGGUGACUCCGGCUUCUGUCCCUUGGAUUUGUUCUCAGAUGAUCGAGCGAUCAUCAAGGGCAUCUUGCAGAAGAUCGAUCCUGAGCAUGGCGAUUCCGACUGGUUCAUCGAUGCCUUUUUGCAGCAGAUCCAACCUGUGAUACAGCACCUUGCGACGUUGCAGGCCGAGCACAAUACGGAGGUCUUGAAGACCCCAGCAAUCCUGGCGCACACGACUAUGCUGUUGCGAUGGCGAAGGCUGAAAGUCGCACAUGUCAAGCUCGCCGACCUGGACCUCAAGCUCAUGACCGAUGAAAAUCUGAAGAAGUGGGCGAAGAUGGAGAACGAGCUAAUCUCGAGCGGAGUGUACACCAGCACCGCCAUGCCUGGCUCAGCCUGUGCACUAGAGCGGCAGCUAGACUGA